AAAUGAGUUACAAACAGUAUAAACAACGCAUCAAUUCUGGAAUUGUAAAAGUUGCACUAGAACCACCACAUUUUGGAAAAAUGGCUCUCUAUCCAUGGGAGUUUAUUUUAGGACGAUAUAGAGAUAGAAAAAAUCUGUUUUUGAUUACUACAAAACCGCCAUAUCGCUUAUUUAUGGCAGUAGAUCCACAAAAUCCAUUCUUCAAAAAUUGCAUAAACAUAAAUGAUAUCCGUUUUGCCGAUUUACCCAAAUACCCAGUGACUGUUAAAAAUUUGCUUGCAAAUGCAAAUGAUCUAAAGGACAACUUCUGCAUAUUAUCGGGCUUAUCACAUUGUUGGGAAUUAAUUGGUUCUGUUACUAAAGUGGGUACUCCGGCAGAAGUCAACGAAAGUAUCCAAGUGAGUGACGAAACUGACGAAGAAUUAAAACAUAACACCUCCGACGUUAUGAGUGAUACUAUUCGUGACGAUUCCGAAGAUUCUAACGCUACAAGCGUAUCGCUAGGCCAAUAUCGCCAAGAAGAAAAUGUGAACUCAGAUAAAAUAAUUGAGGAUGAUCAUGAUACGUCAUCUGAUGAGUCCUCCAGGUGGUUUGUAAUGACUGUUGAAAAUGAUUUUGAGGAGAUUCAGUUUUACAAUAAAGGAUUCUUUGUCAAAUUGGAAAGCAUAAUCAAGGCAAUUGAUGUAGCACGAGCUUCAAAGAAAACAGUGAGAUUAUCUUCUCCAAAAUGUGCGGAUAACAACACGGGCCCGCAAUUUGGUAUUUAUGCUAUACCAAACGAUAACGAGCCUUGCGUAUUUGUUGGACCUUACGAAAAAGGUGAACCACUUGGUAUAGAGACUGUUAAGAAUAUGUCCGAUAUUCGUAAACAAAAGAGGACCAAAGGUGUAUGGAUUACGACAAAAAAGCUCGAAAACUUUAAUGUUAUUGACAAUCCUUUGUCAUUCAUGCCAAAAAAUGGCUCAGAUACUGAAAUUAUGACGCUCGCUGGAGAUUCUGCGAAUACCGAUGAGGGUACUGCUAGUUUUGUGGCAAUGGCAAAAGGCGAUAAUAAAACUGCUGGCCUAAAUGCAGAAAAACAAAUUUCAAAUGGAACUUGCAACUCAAAAAUCUUAAAACCUAUUAAAAUCUGCAAGACUAACGGUUUCUUUCAACUUGGGCCAGACGGAACUCUAAAACAAAUAUCGCCGCAUCACAUUAAUGAACAGGGCCAAGUUUAUAUUCCAACUUCAAUCCAACCAAAGAUGAUCACCGCACAAGUAUGUACUCCUAACUCUAUUAAACCCAAGGUUAUCCACGCGUCCAUUUUAAAACGGUCUGACUCUACUUACGCUCCUUUAUUAAGCAAAACUCCAUUAUUAAAGGCUAUACCCAAACCUACCAUAUGCCAUGUCAAUAGGAAAAUUAUUACAAUACACAAAAAACCGGUUGCUGAAAUAGCACCUCAAGUCAAACAAUCCAAUAGCCCAAAGAUAUUAGCAGCACCAAGCCCAAAGGACGAGUCUCCUAAAAAAGAAAGAGGAAUGUUUAUUCUCAAACCAGAAGAAAUAAAUAAAAGACUAAUGCAAAGUCAGGCUUCUUCAAAUUUAGAAUAUUUAAAUGCACACCAAUCUGAAUCAGACACUGGAACAGAUGCCGAGUUAGAAAUGGAUAUAGAAAAUUUUCUAGCGACUGCAGAAGAAUGUGAACCUCCAAAUGAUGAUGUUUUAGUUAUAUCUGAUGAUGAAAUUGAUGGGCGUAAAGGCGAAGCACUUUGGAAAGAGGUGUGGAUCGAAUGCAAAUCCAUCGAAGGUUUAGGUUGGAUUCGAGGAAGAAAGAACAAUCAGGGCUCCGUGAGUUUUGAGUUUCCUGGAUUCAACUAUACGGACUUCUACAAGCAAGAGGAAGCAUUCACUAAGCUCACUCAAGUUUUCUCAAGAAAAAUCUACAUUCCAAAAUCAAUACAUUUAGAUUGGCAAAUAGUAGAAGCAGAAAAAGAUCUAUGUGCCAAGCAUAUGCUAACACAGGAGGAAUUAGGUCCUGAUUUCGUAAUGACUAGACGAGGCAUUCGGAACAAACAGGAGUUGUUAGUGAGCAAGAAAGUAAAGAAAGAAAUUGUAGAAGAAAGCGAGGACAGUAAUUCAAAAACUGAGAAUAACGUUAGCGAUGCCAUGGAUGACGACGAAGAGGCAGUGGACAUCGAGAGCCUGGAAGCGCAGAGCCAACAGCUAGAAAAGGAGGGCGAGGAAUUACUGAAGGCGUUUAAAAGCAGCGCCAGCGAUAUCGACCAAGAGCUAGAGUUGGACGGCAUGCGCGAAGAGAUCGCCUCGAGGCUUCAGAGCAUGGUAGCUGACACUUAAGGUCGGUUGCACCAAACCGAUCGCUACCGAAUUCAGCCUUCGCAUUUUUUUUUGUGUGGGAAAUUCCAUAGACUUCUGUAGCGUGUGUGUCUGCUAAAUGUGUUUGUCAACGCAACUGGCUCUUAAGUAGUGAUACACCUUUUUACAUCAGACAAGACUAACGCGAGCAAUCGCCGCUAGAGGCGCUAGUGUACGAGUAGAUGGUGGUCCCAAAUGUCAAAUGUCACUGCUUGUGUAUGGAUUAUGUCAGUUUUAUGUGAUAUUUCAAUUAUUAAAAAUAUCUUGAAACUGAUAACUUUUACCUGUCCGUAAAACAAUCACUAAUAGCUGUCAUUUGGACCAUCUACUGUGGCGUCAAAGCUGGUUAACACAAAAACGGUAUUAAAUACAUUGUUUUAUGCGGUAAACGUAACGGUAAGAGUGUUUUCUAUCAUUCCGUUGAUCGUAUAUGUUUAAGGUUGCGUUUAUCGCACAAGAACUACAACCUACAACCGAUGUUUCUCGGAAUUUGACAGAUGACAGCCCUCUAAGCCUGAGAAAAGAGGAUAGAGUAUUAUAGACAGUUACUGUCAAAGUAAAAUGUGUAAUCACAGUGCAUAGA